GGUCACCGCCCCGCCGGUCAACCCUAGACACCGGACUGCAGCUACCUAACGUUAGCAAUGAUCUUUGGCUCUGCCGUGGCUGAGGUGCGCACCACAUGUGAGACCUGCGACAGUCGGUGCGCUGCUUUGGUGCUUUAUGCCCGGCCCACGUUUACACAGAACCUGGUUGGCAAAUGUAGGUACGCUAAGGUAAGGAGCUGUCCAGCUGCUCCUCGACGCUCUUGUGUGUCCUGCCUGCCUCGCAGCUCUUGCCUCGCUUUCAUCCUCGGCUCCGAUCCCCGGGUAACGCCUGCGGGUGUCCCAACUCCCCGAAACCGCUGCAAUCGAAAUACCAACAUCCAACAUGGCUUCCAACCACCCAAUCAUCACAAUUGAUGCCCUCCCGCCUGAGCUCCUGACUCAGGUUUUCAGCUUCUUUGAUGUCCCGGCACCGUCGGACACUCGGUUACACGACGAGCCUGAGAUAGACAUGCUAAAAGCGUCCGACACGCCGCUCAAAUAUAUCUCCCUCGUUAGCAAGCGAUGGCGCGCCAUUUCCCUGCCUCUCCUCUUCCGUCAUGUUGUUUGGGUGCUUGACCGCUGGGAUCUGCCACAAACUGCCCCCAGCGAGGCUGAAGACCCGAUCGAUUCCUUCCCGCUUCUGGCCUUUCUGCGUGCCAGCGACCUUGCUCGGCACGUGGUCUCGUUCACCAUGCUUGUUAGCAACAGGAUGGAGCCAGUGAUAAGGCGAAGGCGUUCACGCCAUGGAUCACGCUCGUUCAGCGCGUCCGGCAUCGAGACCAGGCCACAACCAACAGACGAAGAAAUUGAUGGGCUUCUCAGGAACUUUCAGUACCAGUUAAGCACUGCAGCUGCUGCUCAUAAUGAGGACAACAACUGGUUGUGGGACAUGCUGUUCUCACUGGUAGACGUGCAAAGAUUUACCAUCAUUGCAUCCCCACAGAUGUUGGCCAGCCUCCUGUCCUGUAUGCUUUUCCUUGGAGAUGCAGACAGCUUCUCCCACAGGCACCUCCUGCAUAUUCUGUCUCUGUCCGUGGAUCCCAAGGCAAGGAGAACCAAGACUGAAGGCAAACUUCGAAGCAAUUCACCAUCCCAGGUUGUGCCCGAACCUCAACCAGCCCCCUCUCACUCGUGCGGCUGCCGGAGGGAAAGGAAGAGAACCCGGAGCAGCCUCUUCACCAUCCGGCCUUGGACAAACCUCCUCCUCAACGAAGGCUCGUCAAUUCGCGUAUACCGCAACUACGAGUACUUCUUCCGCCGCCCGCCAUCCAUCCUAGGCGCUCUUCUAGGCAGCGAGGAGGCGCCCAACGACGUAGCCCUGAUCCCCUCAACCAUCCGUUCACUGUCCUACGUCGCCAUCUUCCCCCUCACAACCCACUUUUGCAGCAUCAUCGACAACCUCCCGCCCAUCGACCGUCUCUUCGUGCAGCUAGUCCCGCGUAACAAUGUGCUGCUCGACCCCGAGGAGAUGCGCAACGUGCAGGCCUCGGACCUGUGGAUGGAGCGCAACAGUUGCUACAGCCUGCUUCUCCGCAAGCUACUAGCUGACGGCGCUUUUGGGGCUGGGGAUGAUGAUGCUGAGACUGAGAACGCUGGUAAUGCGCAAGGAGGGAGCAGUUCGGGUCGUCGUGCUCUCAGCAAUUGGCGACGACUGCGGGAGUUUGAGAGCGGAGACGCGGCCGACAAGGAGGCGUGGGAGAUGGCGGUGCACUGGAUCGAGUCGAGCGGGACCGGGUGGCGCGUGGAGCGCGAAGGCGUGUUUGUCAGGGGCCCUCGGUCGAACCCUACGCCGGGCUCCAAUUCAGGAAGCCAGGCGGGCUUGGAUGGUGGCACCGCGGACGACGAAGAAGGCGGCCCAAAUAUGGAGACCGAUAUCUUCCCGGUCUAGAGCGAUUGGCGUUCAAGGGAAUUGCGGUGCUGCCCUUCUCUCCGGUUGCCCAUGUCUUUGACAUUAGACUGUUUGAUCAUGGUGUUGGCAAUCCCCCAACGGACGAGUCCAAUGUUUUGUGGUUCAAUGACACAAUGCCCAACGGCACCCCUAGUCCUUAGACAACGGUUCACCAAGCUUAAAAUGGGCCGGGACGGUUGUCCAACAUUGGUCAUGGCACAGAAUGAAGACCCAUCUGCGUGGUUCGUAAAAUGUGCCACUGUUGUGUGGAUCUAAUAUGUGUCUAUAUCGCUCUAAUGCGCCUUUAUCUAAUGCAAUAUCAGUCGCUUGCCGCAUGAUGGCAGCGCUAUCU